CACGUCGCCCAUUCUUUUCCGCUCAGCACCAUCUAUAUAUGUAAAUAACUACGGCCUUUCUGGCCCCCAAUUCGCGAUAAUAAUACUCGCCUGUGAUUCGUCCGUUGCGUUGCGCCUCUCUCUCUCUUUCUUUGGCGACAAGAAGAGAGAGGACAAGGGGGCUAAUUCUAUCUCUCUUAUCUUCUUCUUUGCCAGGGCGAUCUCGAUCUGAUCGAUCUUUUUUCCUUCGGUGUCGUCAUCUAAUAAAGAAAGAUCGGAUCGGAUCGGAUCGGAUCGGAUCGCGGACGUUAAUUCUUGUGUGUUGUCGAAAAAGCGAUCAAAUGGCGGAUCAGGAGAGGAGAAUGGAAGACGGGCACCGCCGCUGCGCGAACAACUGCGGCCUCUUCGGGAGUACCGCAACCCGCAACCUCUGCUCCAGAUGCUACCGCGACUUCCGCCUCAAACAACAAGAUCACGCCGCCGCUGCCGACAUCGCCUGCGACAAUUCCCGCCUCCCCUCUCGUUCCCCUUCCACGACCUCCUCCUCCUGCGUCACCGCUCCCGCACCCCUAGUUCCGACAGAAGAACCUGCUAGUAGCGCCACGGCAUCGGCGGAGCAGCCGCAGCUGGCGUCGAAUGGGCCGAGCCGGUGCGCGGCGUGCCGGAAGAGGGUGGGGCUGUCUGCGGGGUUCCAGUGCAGGUGCGGGGCGACAUUCUGCGGCGCCCACCGCUACCCGGAGCGCCACGCCUGCGGCUUCGACUACAAGGCCGCCGGGAGGGAGGCCAUCGCCCGCGCCAACCCCCUCGUCAGGGCCGACAAGCUCCGCCGCAUCUGAGCCGUCUGGAGGGCCUCUUCUUCUGCGCCUGAGGACGGCAUCUUCUUCGUGUUGGAAACUCCGAAUGCGAGGAUGAUGCGGGUUGGUUAAUAUUGGUUUUCAGGCCGUGCUUUUUGUCUCUCGCCUUUUCUUUUUGUUUUGUUUUUUAUAAUCAGGUUUUCACGUAUGAAUGUAUCGCAUAUUAUUAGGUGCUAUUGAAGAAAUUUCAAAUUAAAAAUUCAC